AUGGAUUAUUAUGACAGUUGCUCCUCUGAUGAAGAGAAUCAAUAUGAGAAUAAUCCUAGAUUCACUGAUGCCCAUGUUGAUUCUAUUUUGUUUGAAGAAAGAACAAACCAAGGUGAAGCCGAGACUUCAGAUGCAGACGAUAAAAUAACGGAUAGUGCUAUUCACAUGGAAACACAUAUAAGAGUCCUCGAGUCUUUUUCAACAAGCUUGAAUGAUUAUGCUGCUGGAGUUACAGCCAGUGAAUCUUCUCACCAGAGCAUGGAAGAUAUUUUUAUACUUCUUAGCAAUAUCAGUUCUUUCAAGUCGAAGGCAGAAUUCAUUCUACAUGCAUUAUUUCAUGAAUUCUCAAAGCCAGACGCAGUAAUAAAUUUUCAUCUGAGAGCAAAAAACGAUAUCCCGGUUUUUAAGACCUCUACAGCCAAGGGUACAAAUCAAAAAUCUGAGGUACAUGAAUUUUCGAUUAACAUGCCAUCUGAAUAUAUCAAGUAUAUGAUGGCAUGCCCUGAAAAAACGUCGCAACUCUCUGCACUGCCAGACUUUACAGAGAACCAGAGGCUGCACCUCAACCAAGGGAACAAAUGGAAAGAAAGCCCACUUCUUCAACAUCUCAUGCUCACGAUCCAGGAAUCAGAUUAUUGGGUAGACAAUGUUAUAGAAAUACAAGAAUGUCUAGACCAGUUUCUCUUAGAGAAAUUUUUUACAAAAAAUGAAUCCACAUACGCCAAUGCUUACCAGGUAUAUGGUGGUCAUGGACCUGUGCUCAAUCAUCCUGAUGACAUGUACUUCUGGUUGUGUGGAAAUUACACAAAUUUUGCUGUAUCUGUUUCAAAGUACGAAAUGAAUAUUGUCAAUUGUAUUCUUGUUGGUGCCCAACUUCGCCUAUGGACCAAUACUACUAUUGUUGAAAGAUUUAAGAGAAGACUUCCUGGAUCCGGCUUAAUGAAAGUUGUCAUUUGCCCAAUAAAAAUGUAUUCUGAUGAUACCUUUGGGAAUGAUUCAAAGCAAUACAAUGUAUAUAACAGCUUUUUGAUGUACUUUGCUGCAAUGACCCUUGAAGAGCAAAACAAACGGGAGAACACUUUAUUUGUUUGCACAUGUAACCAUGUCCUCAAUGCCAUUGAUAUGCUGGGACAACUUGUUGACGAUCUCGUUACCUUAGAGAAAGGUAUCCAAAUGUAUUCUGAAGAUAUUGGCAAACAUGUCCUGGUAGUUGCUCCUUUGCUUCUCUUUAUAGGUGACAAUCCUUGCCAAUCUCAGCUUGUGAUGCACAAGGGAACAGCCUCAAGACGGUUUUGCAGAAAAUGUUUAAUCCUUUCUCCUCGUCUGGAUUGGAAACAUAUAUUGAGCAUCACCCACUUUUCUCAUGUUGCUCACUAUGACUGGCCCCAACGAUCAAAGGCUUUUCUUUCCACUUUUGUCUCUUCUGAUAAACAAUCCAAUAUAUACAAAAGUGGGCAAAGCUUGAGCUAUAUGAAGAAUGGAAGCGAAGAGUUCCUUAGACUCAAAGAUUUUGAUCCAACCAAAGACAUGCCAAUUGAGAUUCUCUAUACGAUCCCACUUGGAUUAAUUAAGUAUUUGAGUUACGAUUGGACAUUUCGCAAUCAGCUUCGUCACUCUGGCUCUUUUGUGGGGCGUGAUUUCAAGCAAUUGAUACAGAUCUUAUCUGGUGUCAUGAGCAAGCUUUUUGACAGAGAUAGUAACCUGACAUUUAUUAUCACAGCUUUCCAUGCGGUUUCCAGAUUGACAUCUUUGGUUUACAUUCAUAGAGACCAUAAAGGCUUUGAUAACUAUCUUUUUAAGAUUAGGAGUGCUGUUGAUGAAGUUGCAAAAGUGUUUAUAUUGCUAAACACUUUUAUUGUAUCUAAUCCCAAGACUUUCCAACAGCAAGACUUCAGCUUUAAACCAAAGCUUCAUCUCUUACACCACCUUACCAAAGAUAUACUUUGCUUUGGCUCCGUCUUACAGUACAAAACAGAAAACGGUGAGCAAUUUAACAAAUUCAUUUGCAAACAUUUGUUUAAAACGAACUGCCAAGCAACUUCCAGAGAUGUUGCUAAAAAAUUUGCAAAGCAAUUUAUCUGCCGUCACCUUUGCAAUGGAGGCUCUUACAUUUUAGAGAAAUGUAUUGACAAUAGUACACGGCCUGUGAGAUUGAGUGUUGGUGACUUUGUCAAACAAGCUCCUAUUGACUUCCCAAAAUUCAAUCUUCAUUUCUUUGGCUCCCAUGCAAACAGCGACAACUCUGGCAUAUCAAUUUCUAAUUUGCGUGAUAAAUUGGCAGGUGUCUUCCAGAAAGAUAAUCGAUGGUUUCUUGGUCAUGUUUCUAUUGAAGCUCUCAGAUAUGAGAGAGGAAAGCUAGUGAGAAAAAUGUGUAUCAUGCAAGAGUAUCAAAUGAUAUCUAGCUUUAAUGUCAAUACAGUCUACUUACAUAAUGUAGUAACUGACAGUUAUGACAAUAUUGAAGUUAUAUAUUACAGAACUAGUUAUGAGUUUGAUGAGAAUGAAGUAAUUGUGGUCCAGGCCAUUGACAUGCAUUUAACUCUUGUACCUGAUGGUAGCUGCAGGCUGCUUAACGUCACAAAGCUUAGCACAUUCUGGUGGAUGUUGGUAAACAUUUCCAAUAUAAACUAA